AUGCGACGCGAUGAUGUCACGUGCGCUUCAUGUUGUCACGUCUGUCACCUCCGACCCAAGCCACGUCGUCAACCGUGUUGUCGAGCUCAAAAUACUCUAGUGAUGCCUUCAGCAAAUAUAUCGGACUCGGUCCCCAUCGAAACCGCUCACGAGGACAUGAUACAUGAUGCCCAAUUAGACUACUACGGAAAGCGUCUCGCCACAUGUUCGUCGGAUAGGACAGUGAAAGUUUUCGAUGUUGUGGAUGGAGACUCUCAAAAACUUGCAGCGGGCCAAACCUUGAAGGGACACACAGGUCCAGUUUGGCAGAUCGCUUGGGGACACCCCAAAUUCGGCCAAAUACUAGCUUCAUGUUCCUACGACGGAAAAGUUUUAAUUUGGAAGGAGCAGCCUGGACAAGGAUGGACGAAAGUGCGUGAACACGCGUUGCAUACCGCGUCUGUGAACGCCCUCUCUUGGGCACCUUACGAGCUCGGACCUAUACUGGCCUGUGCUUCUUCGGAUGGCAAAAUCUCGGUAUUGACCUUCAAAGAUGAUGGUCAAUGGGUGGCCGAUAUUUUCAACGGGCACGCCAUUGGAUGCAAUGCCGUCUCGUGGGCGCCUGCAAUACAACCUGGAUCCCUCAUCACCCCUCAACAAUCGCAACCAUCUAUCCCGGGUCAAGCACCAGCUCAAACUACCCCCUCCGUCAAACGCUUUGCUACAGCCGGCUGCGACAAUCUGGUCAGGAUUUGGCAUUUCCGAGAAGAAUCGCAAUCCUGGGUUGAAGAGGAAGUUCUGGAGGGACACGCUGACUGGGUGAGAGACGUUGCAUGGGCACCGAAUAUUGGACUCCCAAGAAGCUAUAUCGCCACAGCCUCGCAGGAUAAAACAGUCCUGAUAUGGACGAAGGAGACACCUACCUCCUCUUGGGUUAAGACAACGUUAGACCCGGCGUCCGCCCUUACCUCACCUGUCAAUGGCGCACCUGCGGCAGCAACCACCCCCGCUGGAAAGUUCCCUGAUGUUGUUUGGCGAGUGUCGUGGAGUCUGGCCGGAAAUCUCCUUGCAGUCAGUUGUGGGGAUGGUAAAGUUACAUUGUGGAAGGAGAACCUCAAAGGCGUCUGGGAAUGCGUCAGUGACAUGAAUAGCUAG